UCAAUUCACUGUGGUCUGCGCCGUAUCAGCUGCACUUAUAUCAGGAACGCAUCUAGCAUGGAAGAAAUGCCAUUAUAAAAGGGCAAAGAUGGAGGGGGUUGCGCAGCGUCCUCCUCCCCCUCCCGGAGAUCACUGGCUAUGUCUGCACGGCUUCCACCUCUGGGUGUUGCGGCGCUUGGCGCGUCGACUGCGAUCGCGCGCCCCUGCGACAAGCGCGACCAAUGCGCGGCAAUACUGGAAACGGCUAUGAACGUGGCGCAGCGCCUGCAAGAUACCUAUUGGAGCACCUUGAAGGGUGGCUGGGGAAUUCUCUGGACGGAUGCCAACACCAUCGAGGACAUGUACAACCUCAUGUUGGCAGACGGUACCGACACCUUCGACGUGAUCGGUAGGACCAGGAUCGGCAUCCUCGCUGCGCUUGGUUCGAAACUCGCUUGGGAGCUUCAGCUGAAUGGCAGCAACGAUGAUGCAGCCUGGAUUGUACUCGCUCUUUGGAAGGUCUCUGAUUACAAGGGCAAAAUUGGCCAGGACGCUAGCAAGUAUCUGGACAGCGCAAAGAUCAUUUACGAUAUCAUCGCCUCGGAAUGGGACGACUCGACUUGUGGCGGCGGAGUUUGGUGGUCGAAGGCCCACACAUACAAGAACGCUGUGACCAACGAGCUCUUCCUGUACCUCUCAGCCAAUGGCUAUAACCGCUUCGGCGACCAAGCAUAUCUCGUCAACGCGAAGAAGACAUGGGACUGGUUGAAGAAGUCGGGAAUGAGGAACUCAGAUGGUCUUUGGAACGACGGCUUGACCGACGACUGCAAGAACAACGGCCAAACCACCUGGAUCUACAAUCAAGGUGUCAUCGCGUCAGGCCUUGCGCAGCUCUACGUCGCUACCGGCGACGCGUCCCUCAUCAACGAGGCAGAGCUCACUCUCGACGCCACCAUCACCCACAAGACGCACAACGGGAUUCUCAAGGAGUCGUGCGACGACGUUGCAAACUCGACGUGCAACCAAGACCAGACGAUGUUCAAGGGGAUCUGGAUGAAGCACUUGCAGUACUACUUGGACGCCGUCCCCGGUAGCGUGUCGAAGUACGCGAACUUCAUCGGGGCGCAGGAGUCGGCGGUUGUGCAUUAUGCGACUGGGGAGGGAUAUGCCAUCGAGAAUGUCUGGUAUGGUGGAAGCCAGGGUGGCACCACGUUCUCGGCACAAUCGCAGGACUCUGGCCUUGCUGCACAUAUCUGCGCUGCAAAGUACGGUCCGUGCUGAAGAUUUGAACUUGCUGGGUAGUAGCGAUAUGGGUCAGAAGAUCUUGAACAAUGUUAAUUGGCUAACCCGAGCAUCUACAUCGAUGGUCGGUGUGAAGAACAAGUUGUAGAGCAUAUGCUGCACUCAGAUUCGCGCUCGAAGCUGUGCGAUAAAGUCGAAGAUCCACC